AUGAUUCAAAGAUACACCUGCGUCCCAACAUCGGAAUACGAUGUCGCUAUUGUUACCAACGGUACUAUCGAACAAAUCGAGUCUAAAUUGAUUGAAAUCAACGAGAAAACUAAUAAUGAAAUUCCUCUCCAUUCAAAUUUUACGUACCUUGAUAAUUUCAAAGAGUUAUUGGAUUUCUUAAAGCAACACACUACUAAGAAUAAUAUUGACGAAAUUAAAUUCAAAGGGAAAGUUGUGUUUAUGUUUUUCAACGGAGUUGAAUUCAUUCAAGAUAUUUUGUCUGACUUGAUUGACUACUCAAUUCAAGUUGCAAAUAACUCAAAUCAUCAAAAUUUAUCAAAUGCUUAUUUUUACUUUGAUUCAACUAUUUCUUUCACUUCAAAUACCACCCCAACCGACCUACUUAACGACGCUAAUCUCUUCAACACCAUGGUCACCAUUGCUAAUGAUAUCUUGAAGAAAAUUAACUUUAUGGUGGAUAGAAUUCGAGGCAUCUUUAUUGACGACAUCCAAUUGGCUGGCGAAAAAGUCUACCCACUACACUGUAUAAUGCGUAACUUUCCAAAUGUGGAGAGAAUCGAACUCACUAGCUUUAGUUCGUUAUUAAUGAAUGAUAUGAUUGUUUAG